AUGCAGGGAGUACUUGGUUCGGUGGCGCCCUCCACGCUCAAGGCCUACUCAGCAGCUAUGGAGCGCUUUGCAAGCUUCACCUGGGGGGUGGAAAAGGCAGGCCUCCUGCCCCCUUCCGAGGAUCAGGUGCUCCAGUACCUGGCCCACCUGCGGGUUCUGGGGCGGGCCCCCCGCACCAUGCGGAGAGACUUAGCCGCAGUCUCUUUCUUCUGCAAGGCGCUGGGUUUUCACUACCCAUGCCGUGGCUUCAUUCCCCGCCGGGCCGUGGAUGGGUGGGCCAGGCUGUCCCCCCCCUCUCCUGACGGGAGACGCCCCAUCUCACUCCCCAUUUUGCGCCGCAUCCUGGAUGCCCUCCCCGGCCGCUGCUGGUCCUCCUUCGAGGCCCAGCUGUUCCACACAGCCUUCACCAUCGCAUUCUUCGGGGCCCUGAGGGUGGGCGAGCUGGUGGCUGGAUCCCGGGAUGAUCCUAGCGACAGGGCCAUUCGCCUCUCGGAUGUCUCCUGGUCCCCCCGUUGCGUGUCCUUUAACAUCAGGCGUUCGAAGACGGAUCAGCGGGGGAGAGGGGUCACCUUAGUCCUACGGGCCGCCCGGCCGGGGGCGGUUUGCCCUGUGCGAGCUGUGGGGGAUUACAUUGACAUUCGUCCGUCUCUGCAGGGCCCCUUUCUCAUUCACAGGGAUCUCUCUCCGCUCACCCGCUACCAGUUCACCGCCCUGCUGCGGUCCUGCCUUGAGGCCGCCGGUCUUCCCCCCCUGCAGUUCAGCACGCAUUCCUUCCGCAUCGGGGCCGCCACCGUGGCCGCCAGCAUUGGGAUGCAGGACAGGGACAUCAUGGCCCUCGGGCGCUGGCGUUCCAGGGCCUUCCGGGCCUACAUCCGCCCAGGCGGGGCGGUCGGUCAUUAA